UCCUGGAUGAAACCAAAAAACAUCCCUAAAUCAACUAGGAACCAAAAACCUUCUUCUUCUUCUUCUCUCUCUGUCUCUCACUCUCUCUACCAUAUGAUCAUCAUCAUCUGUCCAACUUCCUUAGAAAAGCUUGCAGCAUAGGAGGUAUGGUAUAUAUUCAAGGAUCAGCUCGGAAAUUCGUUUGAUCGUAUCGGUGAUUGGCGACAUGGAAGCUAGGGGGAAAGCUGAGGCAGCAUCUUCAUCAUCAUCAUCAUCAAUGUUUCAGCACUAUUAUAACUGAAGAAGGAAGAACUCAAUUUUGGGAGGUGAUAUAAAGAAGAUCAAAGCAGGUAGCUAGAGCUAUGACAGAAGGAGUGGAGGUGUAUUAUGAAGAAAAGAGUGACAGGAGUGAUCAUGAGGAACAGGCUGAAAAUGCAUCUGUGGUGUCUUCACAAAGGUGCUCAUCUUUUGACUUAAAUGAAGAAGCCAGCAGUCAAGAGGAUGAUAAUAUCGCAGAUGUAGCUGAGCAAAGCGUUGAGGAUGAUGACAAAAGAACAGAUGGAAAUUCAGCCAAUAAUGAAGGCUCUGGUGAAGGUGAAGGAAAUGAAAGGGCAGCAAGAGUUAGGCAAUACGUUAGAUCGAAAAUGCCUCGGCUUCGCUGGACUCCCGACCUCCAUCUCUCUUUUGUUCAUGCUGUUGAAAGGCUCGGUGGACAAGAGCGAGCAACUCCCAAAUUAGUUCUUCAGCUAAUGAACGUUAGAGGACUUAGUAUUGCCCAUGUAAAGAGUCACUUGCAGAUGUACAGAAGUAAGAAGCUUGAUGAGGCCGGGCAAGUACUAGGUCAAACAUACAGACCAUUGCAAGCUGGAAGAAAUCAUAUUCAAAGCAUGUCGCACCAAACAUUAACGAGUAUUCAUCAAAAAUUCAGAAUGGAGAAUGGUGGAAUAGUUCUAGCAAGACAUUCUGAUCAUCAUGAUGAGUAUAAUGUUGCUCAUGGUAUUUUACACUCUUCACUCUCCCAACUACCGUUAGAUGUGAAAUCUAGCUUUCCAAGGCAGCAGCAGUACUGGCCAACUAAUCAGCAUGCAAUAACAAGGCCAAGUUAUCUAAUAAGCAAAGAUCUUGGAAGAGACAAAGGGUUGAUCAGCUCAACAACCUUCCAAAAUCAAAGCAAGUUAUCAGCUUCAAACCAAACACAUCCAUUGGAUACAGGCGUGCGAAUAGGGCCCAUUAGACCUAGCCGAUUUCUUGAGGAAAAGAGAUGGCCUCCAUUCGAAAUGAUUAGUGGUCCAUGGAAAGUAAAAAUGGCUCCUUCGGCUAAUAUUACGUGGGUUAAUGAUGGGACCAAGUUCGUUGGGGAUACCUACAAUACCAGACCCACUGAUCAAUGGAACCUUCUAAACAAGACAAAGGUUAGACAAAUGCAAUCAACCACAGAUGAUGUUGUCAGCAAUUCCAAUUGCUUCAAACCAGAGUUUCAGCCCCCAUUUCGGAUUGAGUUGAAUGAAGAGAAAAUAUUGAAGGGCAAAGAAGGGUUUCCGGAUCUUCAGCUAAGACUUAGCCAGAGAGUUGGGGAAGACGAUGAUGAUGAUGAUGAGGGUAUUCAUGGAGAAGGAACACAUGAAAUUAGCACUAAGCUUUCUCUUUCUUAGCUGAUAAAUGUCAAGGAAACUUGCACAAUCUAGUUACACACUCAUACAGAUCAUUACGUACAGACACAAAAAAUUUGGUGCAACAUAUGCGACAAGGCCAAAUUGAGAGUGAGUGCUUAGGAUUCGACCAUGUAAAAAAACAAAAAUCGCCAUAGGAGUGAGAUCAUUCUAAGUGCUUGUCUUUAAGCCAUUAGAUUUAGAAGCAUAUAAAUGCUUUCGGUAAUUCCUUGACUACUAUUUCAUCAGAUCUCCGUAAAGGAAACUGAUUGAUUCUUUGUCUACACAUGUUCUUUCACAGAUAUAAGUUUGCUGUUAUUGCUCAACUCCAAUUUAAAAAGCUCCCAUUUC